GGCCUCUGGCGCGCCCGUGCGCACUCUCAGGGCGUGCUGUGCGGGUCGGCCGCAGACUGUGGAAGUCGUCGUCGAUCCCCAGAAUCUGCCCUUCGAACGACCCUUUUGUUAUUCGCACGACGACGACGACCAGCGAUGGCGUCCGCGGCUCUGAACGUGCCGUGAUAGAGGGAAGAGGAUGAGCGGCGGCGGGCGUUUCGACUUCGACGACGGCGGCACAUACUGCGGCGGCUGGGAGGAUGGCAAGGCUCACGGCCACGGCGUGUGCACGGGUCCAAAGGGCCAAGGGGAAUACUGCGGCUCAUGGCACUACGGUUUCGAAGUGUCCGGGGUGUACACAUGGCCUUCGGGCAGUGGCUACGAGGGCCAGUGGCAGAACGGCAAACGGCAUGGACUGGGCGUUGAAACCCGCGGACGCUGGAGGUACCGCGGUGAGUGGACGCAGGGUUUCAAGGGUCGCUACGGAGUACGGCAGUCGCUUAGUUCUGGUGCCAAGUACGAGGGGACCUGGGCAAACGGACUUCAAGAUGGAUAUGGCUCCGAAACAUACGCCGAUGGAGGCACUUACCAGGGCCAGUGGCUUCGUGGCACCCGGCAAGGGUAUGGCGUACGCUCCAGUGCUCCGUUUGGCUUGGCUGCACACAGUCGAGCUUCCAAUCCGGCGGUGACGACACCUAAACCAGCGACUGGACCUUCCAUUCGGACCUCCCACACCUCGCUGGACAGCGCGCACACGGUGGACCCGGCUUCGGACAGGGACCGGAAGAUCGAUGACUGCCGUGGUGGUUUCGUCCUCAAGGCGCGUAGUGACGAUGCACCGCAGCGACGAAGAUCCCUCGCUGAGAAGUCGUCCAACUUCAAGAAGUCUAUACUCCAGGGCUUCCGCAUCAAGAAGCAGCACAGUACGGGGGACAUCGACAAACGUACAGCGACGAGUGGUUCAUCGCUACGUUCGUCGGGAUCCAACAUGAGCUCGGCUAGCUCCGAGUCUGGCCAGUCGGGGCUCACCGAAGCGCAUACAGACUCCAACGCCUCUUUCGUCUCACAGGAAGACACAACGGACCAGAGUGUAGUUGAAAGUUAUAUGGGAGAAUGGAAGAACGACCGACGGUGCGGCUUCGGCAUCGCGGAGCGCUCGGAUGGUCUCAAGUAUGAAGGAGAGUGGUACAAUAACAAGAAGUACGGUUAUGGUGUGACUACCCUCAAAGACGGAACACGAGAAGAGGGCAAGUACAAGAACAACAUUCUCGUUACCUCGGGCAAGAAGAAGCAUCUCUUCUUGCUCCGUUCGGCCAAGUUUCGAGAGAGGGUUGAAUCGGCCGUGGCGGCAGCUACCAGGGCCUCACAGACUGCUCUGCAGAAAGCUGAUAUUGCCAUCUCAAGGACAGCCACGGCUAGGGGCAAGGCAGAGCAGGCCGAUGGGGCUGCUGUGCAGGCUCGAGACAACGCUGAAGUUGCAAGGUCCAUCUCAAAACGAUAUGCACCAGAACUGUACAGUCCUGUCACACUGGGUGAAGGGGUCGACCACGCAAAACUUCGUGUGAGUGGAGCGGCUACACCUCAGCGCAGAAGGUCCUACUUUCAGGCCCCCAGGGCACAGGAACUGACAGCGCCACAAUUAGACGCGGAUCAACAUCAUCUUUUGAACGCGCUGAGCAAAGCCCAGCAGCAGCUUCAGCAGCACCAACAGCUGCAGCAACUGCAGCAGCAGCAGCAACAAUCACAGCAAGCGCUGCAAAAUCAGCAACCGCUUCAGGUGCAGCAACAAUUAACGCAACAAUACUCAACGAACCCACCACUACAUAAUCAGCAAAUAUAUCGCAACAAUCCAAAUUCUAUCCAAGUAGCCUCCAAACCUCCUCUUCCGCCGCAGAGCUUGCCUACAUCUCAGGAACAGCACGAAGACGACAUGCCCCAGGUUCCUGGAGCCCCAGAGCCGCCUCCACGUACCCCGCAUGGUUCACUGCGAGGUGCCAGUGCUGGCGGUUCAAGGUCUACUUACCGCGAUCCAUACUCCUUCCAACAAGCCAUGAACGAUCACUUUGACCAGUACCGCAGAGAUAGGACUCCAUCGCGACCUCCCUCUAGAGCGAGGGCAUCUCCAGUGCCACGCGUUAUAUCCCCACAGAAGGCUCCUGACCUAACAUCCUUCUACGGCGCCGACUGCACCCCAGACUCAGGGGUAUCGGAGUCCAUGGAUGGAGACUCUUCACCUACAAGGCCUUCUUCUGGUAGGAGAUCGACGUUGCCAAAUAUGCCUGCGGUCGAAGUUCCCCAACGGACGUCCUCUUUAUACGUGAAUCCGCGAAAGAAGGACAAACUGUUGGUACCCAACGAAUCUCAACCUCUGAAACGAAAAAAGAGCCUUCCUAACAUAGCUGACGCUGUGGUGAACACGAAAGAACCUGUGAUGUCACGGGAGGAAGUCGCGGCUCUCAGCUCCCAGCGGAGAGACGAGCUGCGGCGAUUGCAUGAGCAGGCAGAGAGGAUGAGGGCAAAUCCACUGCUUUAUGUCUUCAAUCCCGAUGUCAAGGAUUGGCUGUCGAAGCAGCAGCUGGUAAUGCUCGUCUUGUUCAUCAACAUCAGUCUGGCAAUCAUGUUCUUCAAGCUUCUCACGUAGUCCCAGGAGACUUCAUGACACCUGGCAUGAAUAGAGCGCCAUUCAUCAUGUUGGGGCGUCGGCUACGUCCCUAUCCGCUCUUUCUUUUUCUUUUUUCUACAGUUGUUCGACGAAGUAUUCGCUUGGCUUGUCGCCGGGAUUCCCGGCACUUCUUCCACAUCGUGUGAAGCAAGAGGCACACGCGCCGUUUUUCGGUGCUCUUUGAAAAAGCGUUCGAAAUAUUCGGGGGUUGUUUCCGCAUCAUGUCCAAUGCAUUUCCUUCCCUCAGUAUGGCGUCUGUUGUUAUACAGAGUGUGACUUAUAUUGAGCGAUCCCCCGCACGAAGUGGCUUGAAUGGCUGGAUGCUUCGAAUGAUUUCGAUCCGAAGUUGUUUUUCGAUUUCAUCAGUGAUAGGUAGUGUGGUGAAUUUGGAGUAACGAUAUCUGCGUUGUAGCUCACCUCGAGUAUUUCUAGAAUUGACCCGUGUUGCCCCUUGCACGAACUUUGAGUGAUUUUAUUUUUCAGAACUAAUGCAUUUAACGUGGCUUAUUGAAAUCUUCCUUCAUGUCCUUUCUGCGCGACGUUUUCCAAAUAGCUGAAGUACGCGCGCUUGACUAAGAACACCGUACAUCGUGUGAUUUGACCCCACUUUUAAAUUUCAUCCCCUAUUUAAAUGAGCUGACAUUUCAGAAAUCCCUGAUUAUGUAUUCUUUCGCUGUGGGCCCUAGCAUUGCAUGCACUCAAAUGUCAUUCAUAUUUCAACAACAGUCUUAAACGGAACCGGCUCCGAAUACUAUGAUCUUUUAAGCUGUUAACUCUUUCAUCGUGAUUCUUGGGCGACCACAGAAUUAACGUACUGUAAUUGAGUCGACACUUAAUCUACAACAGUUGGGUUGGUGAUUUGUAAGGCGGAAAAAAUGUGUACAGAGCUCAUCAUCCUUUUCUUGUGGGACGUAGGUUUGUUGUUCGAUGAACUCAGCCAAUUUGUUUCAGCCAUCGUCUUCCCCAAAUAUGGUACUUUACGGUACUGUAUGCGGUCGAACGGAUCAACGCAAGCCACUGGAUGCAUGAGUGAGAUGUCUAAGGCUUUGAAGACCUUCAGUUAACAACAGAUUUGAAUGUCUGAGUUUUGUAGUAUACUACGGAUGUGUGAGGUUUCAUAAGAUUCUUAAAGGGAUAUGAUACUGAUACACAAUGAUUGGUGAUGAACACAUAUGUAGAAGGAAAAGUGGCUGGAACAGUGGUAAUACAUACAUAUGUGAAAAGCGGAAGUUUCCUGGCUGCACCACAGUUUGUAUGUCCGCUUAUCACGCAUGAGCAAACUAUAUAUAUAUAUUAUAUAUAUAUAGUCUCCACUUUUAGUCCGACAUGACCACUCAGAAUGUAACUUGGCAUUUUCUAGAAUGUUUACGAGCUCAGCCUGUCCAGACAAACACCGCACCGUUAGUGCCUCUCUCUAGUCAGCAAAAAAAUAGUUCUUUUUUAUGAGGUUUAUUAGUGCAGGAUUUAGAGCUGUAGUGUGCUCUGAGUCGACAUUUUAUAUCGAGAACUUGGUCACCUGAAUGCUGUGAUUUUAGAGCCUAUUUCCAAAUGUGUUUAUUCAAAGUUGUUCCAUUGCAAAGUUAUUCCAUUGGUUAUGUAAUAUCUGUUCACAAAACAUCUCCUGCCACUUGAGCGAGUUAAUGUAGCUUAUACGUAUAAUCAACAAUUUUACAGCAAAAGUUGACAAUUCAAGUAUUCUAUUCACCAGAAAGUGUGUUUAUAGUCCUUCACUUAGAAAACGCCCGCAGUACGCGCGUGCAGAAAACUGCUACGUGCGGACGUAUCGCCAGGUUAUGUAGCACCAUAAGAUUCAAAAACAAUGUCAGCUAAACAAAGUGUGCAACACAGAAAUUGUAAAUUGGGUUUGACGAAGAACGCGACGCCGACCUUAUUCGUGAUUCACUAUAUUCCUACCCACAAGAGUUGUAAAACUUGGUACCAUGGAAGUGAUGCGUGGUGCGGAUGAUUCAAAACCUCACACGUAUUAAGGAAAACCUCAAUGGUUGAAUCAAUAUUGACCAUUGUAAUGCACUUCCGUUGAUUUGAGCGGAUUGUUGAAUGGUGAUUUGUUCACACGAACAGUCGCCCUCAAACCAUGGCGACAAGUGAGUGUGGACUGUUUGAUGGUGACUGCACCUAUGUGUACUUCCUCUUUGCAAUUGUUGGUGUCUACUUUGUUUUUACCUGUUGUAAAGGCCCCACUUUUCUUUGUGACUGUUGCACUCCUCAUUUGGCUCAACUCAUGCACACUGCUUUAGGAUUCACCGAGGGAAGUCUGAAAUCCCCUCAAGUUGGAAAUGAAUUCCUCUGUGUCCCGAUAUUUCUUUUACUCUCCGAGGCUCCAAAUAGCGUGGUCUGAUGGCGAUAUCUUGAAUAAUAAAUUUUUCUAAUGAGGUC